CAAUUAAUCUGAUUCUUUUUCACUUUCUCGCGGAAACUUUUCCUUCACUUUCUCAUCAUCCAAACACCAAAACCAUCAACAUGACAACAAUCAGUCUCCGGAAGGGAAACACACGUCUUCCACCGGAAGUUAACCGCGUCCUCUACGUUCGCAACCUUCCCUUCAACAUAACAAGCGAAGAAAUGUACGAUAUAUUCGGCAAAUACGGCGCGAUUCGUCAGAUCCGAAUCGGAACUAACAAAGACACGCGCGGCACAGCUUUCGUCGUUUACGAAGAUAUUUACGACGCUAAGACCGCCGUCGAUCAUCUCUCUGGUUUCAACGUCGCUAAUCGUUAUCUCAUCGUUCUUUAUUAUCAGCAUGCUAAGAUGAGUAAGAAGUUUGAUCAGAAGAAGAAGGAAGAUGAGAUUGCUCGUAUGCAGGAGAAGUAUGGUGUUACUACUAAAGAGAAGUAGUUCAUGACACGCGCGCUCUUCUUUCUGAAACUCCUUUUGAUUUAUUUUGCUAAUUUCUAGGGUUUCUUCGGUUGUGUUAGGGUUUUGUGGUAAUUCACUAUGUAUAACUUGUUGAUGGAUGUUUGGAUUCGCAAUUGAAUAGUUUUAUUGAUAUAUCAAUGUAAAGCAGGAUUAUGAUGUAUGAUAUUGUUACUUUUCCGCUAACACUACUUGAUUUGAGAAAAGGUUAUUAUUCAA